UGCUACUUACAUAGCUUCCGAUCCAAUCUUGCAAGAAGCAACUAGCAAGUCAUGGAGCUCCUCCCUUGCAUUGCCAUCCUCCUCCUCCUGUGCUCCUCCCUUGCGGCGGCGACGUCACCGGCGGGGACGCUCGAGCGUGUGACCAAGCAGCGGAUCCUGGCGAGCAUCCCGCCGGGUGGAGGCCCGCCCGUGCUGUUCCUCACCUCGCCGUCCGGCAAGUACGCGGCCUACUUCGUGCGCACCCACACCGUGCCGGGCGCCGGCGGGCUCGGCGCCGACUUCUGCUACGUCGAGGUGAUCGGCAAGACGGCCGGUCAUGGAGGCGCCGAGGGGGAGGGCGCCGCCGGCGGCACGAGCUUGUGGGAGUCGGAGUGCCGGCCGAUCAGCACGGUGAACUCGUGCGCGCUGCUCUUCUCGUGGGACGGGCUGGAGGUGUUCGACGGCAGCGAGGAGGUGUGGCACGGCGAGACCAACCGCGACGGCACCAACUUCCUCCAGACGCUCGAGCUCGUCGACGACGGCGACAUGCGCAUCCGCGACAAGGACGGUGAACUCGCAUGGCGAGCCAGCGACGAGCCGCGCCACUCGCAGCGAUGUGGUGCGCCGGGCUCCCCGGGGCUUGGCACCGCGCUCCCUCCCUUCGCCGAGCCCCUCGGCGCGCACAGCAGCAACCUACCUUUCGGCCAGGAGCCCGGCGGCAACGGCCACGUGGCGGAGCUGCCGGAGGGGGAGCUGCCGCAGGCGGCCGAUGUCAGCGGCGGAGCAGCGGCCUUCGGUGGCGCAACGGGGGUGGCUGGCCCUGAGCUCGGGCAGGGAGAGCACGACGCGGCGGCCGUGGGCGGUGUAGCGGCGGGGUUCGGCCAGCCGCUGGUGGACAACAGUCCCUAUGACAGUGGGGCCUGGAAAGACGGUCCUGAGGCCCGCCUCGCCGCCAUUGGCGUCGCUCUAUGCGUCUCCGCCGUGCUUGGCGCCAUGGGCUUGAACCUCUAAUCGAGGAGUCGCUGAUGGUGGUACAAUUGCUAGUCUGCGACAAACUGAUCAAAAAGAGCGUGGGAUGGGUCAUGUGUGGUGUUGCAUUUGGUGAUUUGGUCAACUAUGUGCUUUUCUUUCUUAUGCAUGUAUCAGAUAUUGUAAGAGGGCGAAAUUUGAUAUUGUAAUGUUGUAUUUGGUUAAUUGGAAUCA